AUGGGCAAGAAGAUUGUCGGCCUCUACGGACUCUUGUGCCUGCUCUCCUUUGCCAUUAUCAGUGUCUCCUGCUUCAACAAAUGGUAUCAGCAGGUCUUCAAGACUUUUGGCUUCAAGACAGUGCUCAAGCUCGAGGUAUCGCUUGUCAGCGCUCACAUCCCGGGAGACUCGGUCUUGUUCUGUAGCCUUACCAAGAAGAUUUGGACGGAAGUUCCUCCGCGCUGUCAGGACAUCAAGGAGCCGACGCCUUUGCAAGAUCUUGCAGCGGACUGGUGUGCGCCCCUCAUCUACAGCGUCUGGCCGGUUCCUUGUCAGGCUUUCAACACGGCCUACAUCCUUGGCCUCACCGUGAUCCUGGUCUAUUCGCUGAACGUCCUGUUCAUCGGCACGUGCUUCUACCUGCGCCUUGGUCUACAUCAGCAAACAUUCUGGCAGGAUUUCCAUCGGUUGUAG